GGCUCUGUGGUGAUUCCUCCCAGUCUGGACUCGAGCAUGGACAUACUCAGGACUAUAACGCACCACCACCACCACCACCAUCAUCAUCAGUCUGUGAAUAACGGCAAGAUGUGUGAACACACGCACCACAGACCCACCGAGAGCAGGCGAGGGAAAUCAGAGGAUAGUAAUGCUCAUGCCACGCAGGAAAUGUCACGCAUCAUCACGGAUUCAGCCACCGGGAGAUGUUACUGUAGAGGAAAAGUUUUGGGCAAGGGUGGUUUUGCCAAAUGCUAUGAAUUUACAGAUCUGAGCACAGGCAAGAUGUAUGCAGCCAAAAUCAUUCCACACACGCGCGUUUCCAAACCUCACCAAAGGGAAAAGAUCGACAGAGAAAUCGAAUUGCACAGAGCCCUGCAUCACAAACACAUCGUUCACUUCUACCACCAUUUCGAGGACAAAGAUAAUAUCUACAUUCUACUUGAAUACUGCAGCAGACGGUCACUGGCACAUAUUCUCAAGGCCCGAAAGGUGCUUACAGAACCGGAGGUUCGGUACUACCUGAGACAGAUCGUCUCGGGGUUGAAGUAUCUCCAUGAGCAAGAAAUCCUCCACAGAGACCUCAAACUAGGUAACUUUUUCAUCAAUGAGUCUAUGGAGCUCAAGGUUGGAGACUUUGGUUUGGCUGCAAAGCUCGAGCCGGUUGAGAACCGUAGAAGAACGAUAUGUGGAACACCAAAUUAUUUGUCGCCUGAAGUCCUCAAUAAGCAAGGACAUGGAUGUGAAUCUGACGUGUGGGCGCUCGGUUGUGUGAUGUAUACCAUGCUUUUGGGAAGACCUCCAUUCGAGACUACUAACCUUAAAGAAACCCGGUGCAUUCGGGAAGCGCGAUACUCCAUGCCAUCAUCUUUGUCGCCCCAAGCCAAGCAUCUCAUCAGCAGUAUGCUGGCCAAAAACCCAAUGGAUAGGCCACAACUCGAUGACAUCCUACGCCACGACUUUUUCUGCCAGGGUUUCACACCAGACAGACUGUCUGCUAACUGUUGCCAUGCGGCCCCAGACCUUCACCACACCAGCCCUGCCAAGAGCUUCUUCAAGAAAGCCGCAGCCGCCCUGUUCGGUGGAAAGAAGGACAAAGCCAAGUACUUGGAGACUCAAAAUAAGCCAACCAAGGAGGAGGAGGACAUAAACAGACUGUGCCUUGACCUCCGGAAAACGUCAAUCAGCCCUCAACCCUGCAGACAAACUCUUGAGGACAGUAAACCCCCCGUCCCAGCUGCUGAACCAGCUGUCCCGGCGAAGGACACCAGCAGCAAACAACACAUUAAAGACAGCAUUCGAAUGAUAGUGCGAGGAACCCUCGGGAACUGCAGUAGCAGCAGCGAAUGUCUCGAGGACAGCACGAUGGGAAGCGUCGCGGACACCGUGGCCCGAGUGCUGCGAGGCUGUCUGGAGAACAUGCCGGAAGCUAAUAACAUUUCGAAAGAGAGCAUGAACAGCAGCUUCCAGUGGGUGACUAAGUGGGUGGACUAUUCCAACAAGUACGGCUUUGGCUACCAGUUGUCCGAUCACACAGUUGGCGUUCUCUUCAACAACGGCACUCACAUGAGCCUGCUGUCGGAUAAAAAGACGGUGCAUUACUAUGCAGAGCUGGGACAAUGUUCAGUCUUCUCCACUAGCGAAGCCCCGGAGCAGUUCAUCGGCCAGGUCACCAUCUUAAAAUACUUCGCCCACUACAUGGAGGAGAAUCUGAUGGAUGGAGGUGAUUUACCCAAUGUCACAGAUGCAGGAAAACCCAGAUUGUAUCUUCUCCAGUGGCUCAAGUCUGAUCGAGCGCUCAUGAUGCUCUUCAACGAUGGCACUUUCCAGGUGAACUUCUAUCACGAUCACACCAAGAUCAUCCUGUGCAAUCAGAGCGAGGAAUACCUCCUGACGUACAUCAACGAGGACCGAGUGUCCACCACGCUGAGGCUCAGCACCCUGCUCGUGUCCGGCUGCUCGGCGGACCUGCGCAGCCGCAUGGACUAUGCACUUAACAUGCUGCUGCAGAGAUGCAACUGAGGCGACAGACUGGAAUACUAGGAAGGACAAGAAUGUGGACUACGUACGGCUGGACGGGAGUGUCGAAGAUGGGAGGAGACGUCAUGGAUUAUGAGUAGCGCGAAACGGACUGAACCGAGCUGGGCUGGAACCAGAGGCGACGAUGAGAUCUCGUUUAGGUGUUUAUCUUUUUUUAAUGCAGAAAUCUCGCUUUGUUGAAGCCGAACGGAGGUGUUUAUGUUGAGGCGAGGGGCUUUCGGCAAGGCGGGGUGGUUGGAUGUAGCUCUCUUGAGAGCAGAUUUCGUUUAACUGUGAAAACAUUCCUGCUUAAGGACACGGGGCUGCGUGGUGAAACGAUCCGAUGCUGUAGUUCAUGCACGUUCGGUUUUUCCCAUCCCCGCGUCGCGAGAAGAACCGGCCGCAUUUCACUGUGUGGACACGACCUGCAACGCCAUGGACAUAACUUAUUAUCAGAAAGAACCCAGUAUUUAUUUAUUUAAUAAAGACGAUCUUAGAAUUACGUGGGUGUGAGCAGAAGUUAUUUAAUUGUUCGUUAAAAUAGUGCGCUUUGUCCUUUUUACUGUACGUCAAUCCCCCGGGCCAUCACCGGGAGUGUCGACAAACUCAAUAUGCAAGGCCGGUGGCAAAACCACGAUCGCCGUUUGUCUUGUCUUGAUGUUUGUGUGAAGAUUAAAGAUGAAUAAUAUCGUG